AUGCGGUGCCUGGUGUGGCUGAGUAUCGUCGUCGCAGCGCUGCUGUCGGUCGUCGACGCGCUCCCGAAAGUGCCCAAGUUUCCGGAUGACCUCUUCCAACCGUUGCCGGUCGUCAUCUGGCACGGCCUCGGCGACUCGGCGCAGUCCCAAGGCCUCAAGGUGCUCAAGGAGAAUCUGGGGAAAAUGUACCCCGGCAUCUAUGUCCACCUCGUUGCUAUCAAGCCGACGCUCUAUGCAGACCGACAGGCGUCGAUCUUUGGCAAUGUGAACGACCAGAUUGAGCAGGUCUACCAGACCCUGCGUGACACCCCCGAGCUGCGCCACGGCUUUGACGCGGUCGGCUUCUCGCAAGGCGGCCAGUUUUUGCGUGCGUAUGUCGAGCGCUACAACACGCCGCGCGUCCGCAACCUGAUCACCUUUGGGUCGCAGCAUAUGGGCAUCACGGACCUGCCCACGUGCCUCCCGUACGACGCCAUCUGCCACACGGUGCACCACCUGCUCACCGGCCAGGCCUAUUCGGACUACAGCCAGAACAAUGUCGUGACCGCGCAAUACUUCCGCGACACGCGCACCAAGAACCAGUUUGCGCUGUACAAAGAGCGCAACGAGUUCCUCUACGACAUCAACAACGAGGGGGCCGAGAAGAAUGCGACGUACAAGGCCAACCUGGAGCGCCUCGACAAGUUUGUGAUGGUCCGCUUCCAGCUGGACACGACGGUCGUUCCAUGGGCCUCGGCGUGGUUUGGCGCAUACGAGGACCCCGAUACGCGCAAGGGGUGCAUGAACGAGACCAUCCCGAUGCGACACAGUCCUAUCUACCAGGAGGACUGGAUCGGCCUCCGGGCGCUCGACCGCAAGGGGGCGAUUGUCUUUCACGAGUGCUCGGGCAUGCACAUGCACCUGUCGCCGGCGUGCCUCACGCUCACGCUUGGACAGUACGUCGGCCGCCCACGCAUCCCCGGCCCGUGGUUUGCCACGGAGCAAGCGCACCACCGUGCGCCGCCGCAUGCCCUGGUGGCACUCGUUGCGGUCAUGGUCCUGGUCGUGCUGGGACGCCUAUGUACAGCUGCCUGA